UCUGGCCCAGUGCAGGUAUACGGCCCAUUCUCCAUUGGCCAUGGCCCAAUGUAUAGAUGAAAGAAAAUCGGACGAAUGGGACGCACGCCGUAAGCAGCCAACUCAGCGAAGAACGCCACAGCCUACAGGCCCACACCGCUCGCAUCGCCGGACGCCGCAGGGCCUCUCGCCCGCUCCGCCGCUCGCAUCGCCGGAGGCCGCACGGACGCUUGCUGGAGAUCUCAAAAUCUGCUUCUCUCGACUCUCAGACCCAUCAUAUUUCUUCUUUGUUCAGAGUGUAACAUUCUUAAUCACUUUUUGUUCCUGGCUUCACACCUUCAUUUGAUUACUUGACUGCUUGAGCCUUGAGACCAGGCACGCGGCUGCCCAGCCGGCAGACUCUAACAACGGUAGCCAUUGCCCUCCACUCCCCUCAACUCAUUCGGUAAGGGCUUCAAAACAUCUCUAAGCCCACUCUCUUCUUCUUGAAAUCUGCUGCAAAAGAUGCAAAUCCCUAGUCGCAGAAGUGAGGAAAAAUUUCGGAUUCGAAGAUUAGAAAUCUCAGACAAGAGCAAGGGGUUUAUUGAAUUGUUACAGCAAUUAACCGUGUGUGAUGAAGUGUCGGACGAAAAAUUCAAGGAAAGGUUUGAGGAAGUGGCGAAAUAUGGGGACGACCAUGUAAUAUGUGUGAUCGAAGAUGGCCUGUCUGGAAAAAUUGUUGCGACUGGGAGUGUGUUUGUGGAGAGGAAAUUCAUUAGGAACUGUGGAAAAGUCGGUCACAUUGAGGAUGUUGUAGUUGAUUCGGGUGCCCGUGGAUUGCAGCUAGGGAAGAGGGUUGUUGACUUCCUGACGGAUCAUUCCGCUUCAAUGGGGUGUUACAAGGUGAUUCUUGACUGCAGUGAGGAGAAUAAGCCAUUCUAUGAGAAAUGUGGGUUCAAGAAGAAGGAGGUUCAGAUGGUUAAGUACUUUGUCACAUAAUUGAUCCAUUUGUGUGGUAAUGAGAGAUUUUUGUGGAGAAAUGCGUUGUAGCUGCACAAGCUUCACCUUUGAAGUAGUAAUAAUAUAACAAAGCAAGUCUAGAACUCUUCCACAUUCAUUUUUAGUUCUCCCUUGUCCCAGAAUGACUUGCAAAUUAUCUUUUUGGCCAACACAGUUUUAUUUACUUUUCUGGUUUUGAAUAUCAAUUGUGUGAUCAUAUUGGAA